CCGGCCGCAAUGCCUUGUGGGAACUGUAGUUUCUCCCCGACAAAUAGCGACGGGAACGGGACGCCGCCGAAAUUGCGGCCUGCACCGCGGGGAGAAGAGGUGAGGGCGAAGGCGGGGACGCGAGGGGACGGCCCGUCCGUCCGUCGAAAGCAAGGCACCUCUCCCGGCCCCUGCAGCCGGGAGAGGGGAGGGUGGAUUCCGGAAGCCGGGAGCCGCGCCACCGGAAAUGGGGCGCGGUGCAUUGUGGAGGGCGUAGUCCUCCCUCCCCGAGCGGUACUUCACCCAGUACCUGAGGCUGACAUCACCAGCGGCGGUCGUGGCGGUGGCUGGGACGUUCGAGGGGGAGGGGGGGCGACCGGACGGUGGGACGGUUAGCCACUUGGCCGGGCGGGCAACCGGUCGCCGCAGCUAGCGAUUGGCGGGAGGUCGCUAGCCUUUGGGGCAGCGGGCGGCGAGGCCUCGGUCCGUCCGGCGGGCGGCCCGUCGAUCGGUCGGUCGGUCGGUCCAUCGGUCGGGAUCUCGCCGCGAUGCCGGGUUUUACGUGCUGCGUGCCGGGCUGCUACAAUAACUCGCACCGGGACAAGGCGCUGCACUUCUACACCUUCCCCAAGGACGCCGAGCUGCGACGCCUAUGGCUGAAGAACGUUUCCCGGGCGGGCGUCAGCGGCUGUUUCUCCACCUUCCAGCCCACCACGGGCCACCGCCUCUGCAGCGUCCACUUCCAGGGCGGCCGUAAAACCUACACGGUGCGCGUCCCCACCAUCUUCCCCCUGCGCGGUGUCAACGAGCGCAAGACCGCGCGCCGCGCCGGGAGCGGGGCCGCGGGGGCCGCCGCUCGCCGGAGGCAGCAGCAGCAGCAACAUCUGCAGCAGCUGCAGCAGCCGCCGCCGCCUCAGCCGCAACCCCUGGUGUCUGCCCCGGCGGCCGUGCUCCUGACCCUGCAGGCGGCCGUGGAGGGUGGCCCGGCCGGGGGUUCGGCCGUCCCGACCUCCCCGCCCCCGCCGGCCGGGGACGACGUGAAACCCGUGGACCUGACGGUUCAGAUGGAAUUCGGGGCUCCCGAGGGGGGCCCCGGGCCGGAGCCGGCUCACCCCUCGGCCGCCGCCGCCGCCGCCGCCGUCGAGGCUAGUUGCUCCGCGGCGGGAGUCCGACUGGUGGUGGUGGGCGAGGAUGGCUUCCCGGACACGGGCUCCGACCACUCGUACUCGCUGUCGUCGGGCACCACGGAGGAGGAGCUGCUGCGCAAGCUGAACGAGCAGCGGGACAUCCUGGCCCUAAUGGAGGUGAAGAUGAAGGAGAUGAAGGGCAGCAUCCGCCACCUGCGGCUCACCGAGGCCAAACUCCGCGAGGAGCUGCGGGAGAAGGACCGGCUGCUGGCCAUGGCCGUCAUCCGCAAGAAGCACGGAAUGUGAAGAAGGCCCCGGCGCCGCUGCCGGCUGGCGGUAGCCGACCCGGCCCGGGCAUCUCCCUCGGGCUCCCGACCACUCGGGCGCCCGGCCCAUCUCUGCCUGCGGCUGGCCUCCCGAACGAUGUGCGCGGCCUCCCAGGCCAGCCCUGCUCGCUUCUCUCUGCGGCCAGCAACCGACCCCCCCCCCCAACC